GGCGGGUUGUGCGCAGGCGUAGUGUAGGUGUUUGAGCUAAGAUGGCGGACCGUGAAUGGUUGCGUUGCUUGGUGUUCCUGCAUGUCGUGGUCACAUUAUGUUCCGGCCUUUACUUCCACAUCGGCGAGACGGAGAAGAAAUGUUUCAUCGAGGAGAUACCCGACGAGACAAUGGUUAUAGGUAAUUACAAAACUCUGAUGUAUGACAAACAGAGGGAGGAGUACCUGCCUUCUCCUCCGGGACUGGGAAUGUUUGUGGAAGUCAAGGAUCCCGAUGAUAAGGUCAUUCUGUCAAGGCAGUAUGCUUCUGAGGGAAGAUUCACAUUCACCUCCCAUAUUCCAGGAGAGCACCAGAUUUGCCUACACUCCAAUUCUACCAAACUUUCUCUAUUUGCAUCGGGAAUGCUGCGGGUUCACUUGGACAUCCAAGUUGGUGAACAUGCCAAUGAUUAUGUUGAGAUUGCAGCAAAGGACAAGCUGUCAGAGCUCCAGCUUCGUGUCAGGCAACUAAUUGAACAGGUGGAACAAAUCCAGAAAGAGCAGAACUACCAGCGGUAUCGUGAGGAGCGGUUCCGAGUGACUAGUGAGAGCACCAAUCAACGAGUCCUGUGGUGGUCAAUCGUGCAAACGCUGAUUCUCAUUCUGACUGGAAUCUGGCAGAUGAGGCAUCUGAAAAGCUUCUUUGAGGCCAAGAAACUUGUGUAGGUCAUGACUGCAAUGACCUGUAUUCAAUCGAUUUAAAUACAUUACAAGGCUGAUUGGUCAAAGUCACGUUUUCAAUUACACAAUUCAAGUCAUGGCUCAUUGGAUUUGGCCCAAUUUCAAUCCCCCUCCCCAACAUCCAUGACAUGCAGUGCUUCCUACAUAACAGUGACCACAUUUCAAAAGUACUUCAGUGACUGUGAAGUGCUUUGGGAUGUUGUGAAAGAUGCUACAGUAUAUAAAUGCUAGUCUUUUUUCCAAAUGGAUCCUGGCAAGUAAUGGAUAGUAUGUUUGCUAGGUGUGUUUUUGGAAACUUGCCAAUGACAUAAAGACAGCUCUGUCCAACCCACAUUAAAGCUGGAGUUGACUGCUUUGUUGCCUCUGGGCCCCUGUAUCUUGUUAAAGCUUCUAAAUCUGGUUUUGUUUUCAUUUUACCAAAACUUUGAAUACCCCAUUGCUGAAGCAUUUGAAGCAGGGUUAUGCAGUAUUUAAAUUUACUAAAUAUGUAUUCCUUUCCCCAUCUAUAGCAGCUGAGUUGUUAAAUCCAUUGGCUAGUCUUAACAUUUUUGAAACUAUUAAGCACCAAAAUAUGUCUUGCGAACUUCCCUUUAAAGCCUAAAUAGUCCAUCUUUUGUGUGACCUUUUUCAUUUAAGUCAUCCCUAAAUAUUGUGCAGUGGCAACCUCAGUGUGACCAGGUGUGAUCAUGGAAGUAUGUUUGCAAUGUUACCAGACUUGGUCUGUAUGGCUAAGCAAGAGUUAAUUAUUUAUAAUUAGCUGUUCGGAAUUAAUUUUCCCUGACUUUGGGAGGGCAACACUGCAGAGCAAUUUAGUGCUCUGAUUUUUUUUUUUGUAAUGUUCUCAAACAUAAUUUAUUGAGUUGCCAUUUGUCUUUGUAAUUGGAAACAUUGGUUUUGGUCAUGUCAGUCAUUGAGGGAUAAGGAUGUAGGAACCACUGUGUACAUGUUACUGUGGGGGAUAUCCUGUAUGAAUUUGAGUAUGAAAGGGUUGGGGUUACAUUUGUGCAGCUGCGCUUGAUUCUGAUUGUUUGUAGGCAGCUGUAAAUAUUUGUACCAUGACUGCUGACUGUCUGGGAUCCAGUAGCAGCACAUUGGCAGGAGUAGAAACAAAGAUGAUAUUCUCAUUCUGACUGCAUUCAAAUUAACAUUUUGAAUAUGAUGGAAUCAAUCCAGUAAGCAUUUGUACUGUCUGUUCGUAAAGUUUUGAAUUUUGCUGCUUUUUCUGGAUUGACAGAGGUUGAGUGGAAAUGUCGUUAGAUUGGUGUAGGGACUUUUAUUUUUCUUACUUUUUGUUUGUCUUUCUCUCCCUCUUUAUUGGGGUAGAUAAAUGUGUGGUCAUUGCUACUUUCCACUGUUGUCAACACAACCUGUUCAAUGAACUGACCCCAUUGGUUUGCAUUUGAGGUUUUGCAGUUUGAGGAACUGACAGAAUACCUGACAGGGUGUCUAGGUCUGUUCAUAUUAAUUGAGUACACUAAGGUACUCCAUAUGACAUGGGUCAUCCUGCUGAAUCUGAGAGUUGUUGCAUACUUCAGGGCACCCCAUCAUUGAACUGCUAGAUGGGAAACCAAGUUGACUGCCAUUAUCCAGAUAUAUCCUGUCUUGCUCAUUUGAUCAUUGAUGUGGAUGCCUGGACAUUCAUGAUCCACUGCUGCCAGAGCUUUGGUAUUUUGUUGAGGAUUGCUUAAGGGGCCAUAACUAUGGCUCUCCAGAUGCAAACUGUUCUAAAAGCUGAGGUAAUGGUUCCCAUCUCUGAGCAGCAGUUUCUUUAGAUUGCUUACUGCUUCCAAAACAAAUGUCAUGCUUGCUCUAGCAUAAACCAUGCUUGUCUAAUUAUAACUGAUGACUUUUGACCCCAGCUUUUAGUUUGAAUUGCUCCUACAUGCUGAACCUUGUCAUCAACCAAAAUGAUAUGUUGAAAAAAUCGAAUAUUAAUAAAUAGAUGUCAUUUCCCUUUUAGGGAAAUAACCUAUUAUAUUAUAUUAUAUCCCCGGAACCAUUUUUCCUGCUUGGGAAUCUCUAUCUGGAAAGCUACCACAUAAGGUGGCCAGAUCAGUUCAUAUUAAACUGGUAAACAAAGGCAUUCUAGAUAUGUAAUGCCUCCUGGUGAAUAUUGAUGUGAAUCAAUUCACAGGUGUCAUGAUCAUCUCUACAGGACUUCAAUGCAUGUUUUCUUCAAGUUUAACAGACCUGGUUACCUCAACUACCUUGAGUCAGGACCAUCAGGGUUGUGGUCACUCCAUGGCAGCUUUAGUGUUGCACUGUAACCAGCAGUCCAGGAGAAUGCAGCCAACUGAGCUGAUUGCAGUAGUGCUUAUGUGAGGCAUGGGGGGUAAAUGAAGAGAAGGCAUUAUCCUAGGUGUCUGGAGAGUUCUGAAACAAUGAUGGGCUUACUGAUGCACUGAACCAGUGGUUGGAUUGAAAAGUGGGUUUUUGUGUUACAGAUAUUACUGUCAUUUGUCAGGGAAAAUGCUAUAGUGGUUAAUGAUAUUUCACGUUCUCUUCAAAAGCACCUGUGAAGGAACUGUCUGGAUUGUAGAGUGCAUGCUACAUUGGGCACUGUUUUUCUUAUGCUAAAAGACAGAAUAUGGGUGGUUUAAUCUAUUAGUUGCAUCCCUGAUAUCUUUAGAUGCGAGAUUUUGCUGUAACUAAUAGCACAUAUGUAAGGACUGUCCUAGGUGUAGUGUGUGAAAAGUUGAAAUGAACAGAGCCAUUGUGUGCUGCCUGGAAACAAUCCUAAUCAGAUAAAUGGUUAGAACAUAGACCAGGGCAACUGUUGCAAAUGGGCAAUUGGCCUUGGACACCCAAGGUGUAGCCCUCUAUGUUGUAAUAAAGCAUCGGAGCCAAUUCAUUGAUUGAUUAUAUAAGUGUUGAGAAAAUAAAUAGUGCCUCAGAAUGUAAAUUUCUGCUUUUUCUUCAAGUUAUUGUUUUCCAUUCUUUUAGUCAACCCUCCUUAAUUUCUUUUCCCUUUUUGGAACUUGAUGCAUUUUGUGUAGAGAUUACAUUGUUUAAUAAGAUUUGUUCCUCUGUAUGUUGCAGUAAUUGACAUGUACAAGUUCUUAGUCACUGCUACUGUGGACCAUUUUUCAUAAGUUCUCACUUUUGAAAUAAACCAAUUCCACCUUU